AUGAAGCCACCUACAGUUGAGCGACAACCUGCAAUUCUACCAUAUGUAAAGGGAGUUACUGACAAAAUAGGCAACAUCUUGAAGAAGGUUUCAAUCAAGACUAUUUAUAAACCACAUAAGAAAGUGAGCCAAUUCUUGAGACCAAUCAAGAGUAACAUUCCUUUACAACAAGCGGGUGUAUAUAAACUUGAUUGUGACUGUGGCUUGUCAUACAUCGGACAGACAAAGAGAAGCAUCGGUACAAGGGUUAAGGAACACAUUUCAGACGUCAGGAAUAGGCGCGCGUCGAAGUCAGCAGUGUGCGAACAUGCAUUGGACAAACCAGGCCAUUACAUUAGAUUUGAUAAACCACAGAUCCUCACUCGUGAAGACAGAUAUAUACCAAGGACCUCGAGACACCGUGAGCGCAUUUUGCCGGCAUCCAGAGCGGUACGCAAGACAAUUAAGAAAUCGAUGGCGGUAGGAGAUAAAAUGACCAGACCAACUGACAGACACAUCUCGUCUGCCCGUGAUCACGGUUGCUGA